CUACAAUUUUAUCAUGUGCUAGUUAAUUGUGAGCAAUAAACUAAUUGUUGUCAUCUUAAAGGGAACGUCUUAGGCUUAGGAUUUAUUGUAACUUAAACCUUACGAGUAUUCCUUCAUAAGGUUUCUCAAUCUGGAAGUAAAAGCUUGCAAAGAUUGGGUUUUAAAGUGUAAGACAUUAAUCUAGUAACUUACCCAUUCGCAAUUAAAUUGAUUGUGUGUUUAGCUUUUGUUCAUCUCCUUCUUAUCACCAUAAGAUAAUGAAUAAAGUCAUUGGUUCAUUUUAUAUUUGUCUUGACAACUGAAACAACAGACGAUGUGUUGGAUGAGUAAAGAGUUUGAAUUUUUGUCCGUUGGUUUCACCUCUUUUUUUUCUGCUCUAUCGGUUUAUCUCCAACAACGAUGUGGAAUCAUUUUGAAUUUUUUGCCAUCGAAUUAACCCAUUUUUAACUAAUUAAUUUAUUUAAUUAACCAAGUAUUUUUGUGUCAAUUGUCAUCAAAAUGUGGAAAUUAUUUCAACAAAAUUGAAACCUUUUCAAUUGUGUUUUCUUAAUCGGACGUUAACCAUUUUUUAAGCUGAUUGAAGUUAUACAAAUUUAACUUCAUCUUUCUAGGGUUUCGCCAAUCAAUAAAUCAUCAAAGAUGAAAAUUGCUUCCCAGGAAAGUUGUCAACUAAAUCAAAAUAAAUCAUCAACUCUAAACAGGACUGGACCACAGGAAUUUGAUAAUCUGUCAAGUUAUACUUUACCUCGUGGUGUUCAUUAUAAAUCUUCCACAUUACCUCCUCCACCACCUUCUCGAACACCAACAACCUAUUCAUCAACUAUAAAUAAAUCGCGGCCAUCAAGUAUUGUGACAAUGAGUGCCGGUGAUGAUUCAUGUGCAAUUAACGAACUUCUUGAAGGUCGUAUGUAUUUAACAGUCAUUUUACCACCAGAAUUGGCUAACCUCAAGAGCUCAAACAAUUCAGGAAAUAAAGUAGUUAUCAACGUGGAACGUCGUACGCCAAUGAUGGACAUUUUAGUUAACAUUGCAACUCAAUACAAGUUCAAUGCAUCUAAGUAUCGGAUUCAUGUGGAUGGUCAUAAUUUUAAAGCCAGCACACCAAUUGGUUCCUUAGAUGUAAAUACCGUUGCAAUUGUAUCAAAACCAAGUAAACCUGGAUUCAGAUCUAAUGAUAAUCUGCCACAGGUUAUGCCAACUUCUUCAGCCAUUUACCAGAUUCCAACAAAACAACGUUCAGCAACACUAGCAACACCACCAUCUAAAUCGAGUGAAAAUUCUAAUCAUCUCCCUCAUCAUCAGGGUCUAUCAUUCAUAUCAAAUGUGCCAUUUAAACCAACAUUCAGACUACAAGUUAAUCUACCAAGAAAUCAACUAAUGGUCCUUCGAGUCUCCCCUGAAUCGUCUAUUGGUCAAAUUAAGGCUAAAAUUUGCGAGGAAAAAGAGCUUGAUCCAACUAAAUAUCAAUUAACUGCUAAGGAUAAAGAAUUGUUGCUUCUUGAUCCAAUCAAGUGUUUAGCAGAUUAUGGUAUUCAUGAGGUCUCUUUGAUUUCAAAUAAUCUCCUAACUAAAGUUCGAAUGGAACAGCCGACUAACAUCAAUGGUAAUAUUAAUCAUUCGUAUCAAAACCAAGAUCAGAUGACUGUAAAUGAAUAUCAAACAACAACAACUCAAGCUGUGGGUAAAUUAAAUAAACCAAUUAAAAAGAGACCGGCACCUUUACCACCAUCAAAAUCUAGAUUAAAUGAAGAAUCUGUUGAUGGAGAGAAAGCUGAUAAAAUAAUUUACAAACAAUCAAUCGGAGCUCAUCGUGAAGAGAAUCAUAAAAUGGAAGUAAAUGAAAAAGUUAUAUCAUGCAACUCCCAUCUUCGACAAGAUUCAGGAUCAGACUCCAGUGGAUACCAUGAAUCAUUAGCUUCUUCUGAAUCUCCUAGACCAUCAUCUGAAUCUGUUAAUCAACAAGGUACUAAUUUAAAUUGUCGAAACAAAUUAAAUGAUAAAGAAGUUAGUAAAAAGGUGAUUACCAAAAAGCGUAAAGCACCUCUUCCACCCAAUUUGAAAAAUGGUCACAGCGUUGGUGUUGAUGGUGGAGGCAGUAAUUGUAGUACAAGUAGCAAUAAAAGUGAAAUUGGUGAAUCAAUCGAUUGUUUGAGUGAUGUUAGUGUUCCACUCUCUUCAUCUUCCUCCGGUUCGAGUCGCCGAAGUGAUUAUCGUAUGGUUAAUGGAAGAGAUUCAAGUUUACACGGAGAUGAAACUUCAUUUACAUUAGUCUCAGGAACUGAUGAUUUAGAUGAUAUUGGAACAUUGAAAGGAAGUGAUUCGGCUCCAAUACCAAGUCCUGACUCAGGAACAUGUUCACAUGUUCCCCUAGAUGAAGAGAAAGGCAGUGAUGGAAUGGCUUCGGCUCCUGAAAGUGCUAUCAUGGGAGAUUCAGCAAUUGGUGAUACUAUUGUUGAGGAAGCUGAUAUUGAAUUGGAGGAGCAAUCUAAAGAUUUUCGCGAUAAUUUAUACAAUGGAGAUCGAACUGAUAAUAAAUUGAGCCGAUCAUCUUCGCCACUUCCUUCAACAGACGAAUCAUCUAAAAGUUGUCAAAUUGUUGAUGAUUUUGAUGAGAAUACACUAGAUUCAUCAGAAUCAUCAUCUGUUAAUCAUCUUAAUGACUCUUCUAGGUUUUCAGUAAAUGAAAUUUCCUCAUCAACAGUCUCAUCAAAUUUAACUUCUUUUGAUGAACCGGAAAAUAAUGCAUCUGUAAAAUCAUCUUUACGUGACGAACACAAUCCAGACAUAAUAAAAAGCGAAACAUUGAAUUCAGCGUCAAAUGAAGAAUCUCACGAGGAGUCUGUUUCAUGUUUAGAAGAUAACAUUCAGUGUCCGCCAGUUGUUGAAGAAGAGGUGGAUAAUUGUAAGCAACCGGAGGAACCACUUGUGCAAACAGAAACUCCAUCAUCACCAUUAAAAUUAUCAACAAUAUCGUUAUCGCCAUCCUUUUCUACAACAAUUCAUUCAAUGGAUUCUGAUUCAUUGAGAGACGAUAAAGUUUUGAAUUAUAUAGGUGAAACAACCCACAAUGGAAACUCAACAAAUGUCAUCCAAAAAGAGAAUCUCUUCACAGAAAACACUAAGACGCCUACAAUUGUUUCUGGAAACAAGUCAUUUGUGAAACAAGAGACUGAAGAUGAUAGAGAAAGUCUAAAUAAAAUGAAAAGAAAGAACAAAGACGAUUGUUUGUCUGGACAAGAAGAGGAAUCAAAGAUGAAAGUAUUCAGCAACAUGACAAGGUCUGAUUAUGAGGAGAUUAACACAGAGAAUAACAAUAUAAAUUUAAAAAAUUUACCCGAAGAAAUGAAUGAAAAUGUUGGUCAAAGUCAAGAGGAGAAGAAAGUUUCAAGUAAAUUUGUUCGAGAUUUAUGCCGCCCUAGAGUAAGAUUGACAAAUUUCAAGAUUGGUUCUUACCAGCAAAUCAACAAUGUGGAUAUUUACCAGACUCCGAACGUUUCAAAGGGCAUUGAAAAUUGUAUAUCUAACGAUGUCUCACAAGACGGCUCAAUUAGUGCAAAUGAAAGACCUAAAUCAUUGGCUACUGAUACGGUUAAACCAGUAAUUGUUACAGCAUCACUUAAAAAUGGCAACACAUCGGCCUGUAAUGAAUUUGGUAGCAAUAACAUGAUUAAUUCAAACACCAAAAUUUCAAUGAUUGCUCCUCAGCCUUUCAAAUUGAAUAGGUUAGCUUCUUGGAGUGGAACUGAUACUAAAAGUUUUCGCCAAGCUUAUUCAAAUAUUUCAAAUAUUGUUGAAAAUAGAGAAACUAUUGCUGAAAAGGCUGAGAAAAUUGAAAAGGUCUUGAGAAUUGAACGUCCCAUUGACAGGAUACCUCGUCUGAAUAAUGGGUUCACUGGAGGUCAUCGAUGUGUAUCACAAAUUGAGAUUAAUGGUGAUUCAGCCAAAGUUUCUAUUCGUAAUACGCUUUCACCAAAUGAAAAUGAUGAAUCUCCAAUUCAAGUAACGACAUUUGUCAAAUCUGAGCAAACACCUUUAAUCAACAAUAAUCAAAUAAAGGAAGCAGAAUUGCAAAAUGGUCGUUCCAAACAAAAACAACAAAUUAACAAAAUUUUACCUGACAGUAACACAAAGCUGGAAAUUAUUAAAACAGUCAAAUCAAAGACGGAGCCGAUUAGCUCAAGAUUUGGAGGACCUUCCAUAAAGUCAAUGGAAACUAGAAGCUUAACACCAAAAGUACCUGUGCCUAUUUUACCAUCAUUUAUUCCUCAACCUCCACCACCUCCUCCUCCGCCGAUGCCCAACACAACCAGUGGUUGCAAGAAAAUUGUCAGAAGUGUGCCAAAAUUUAAGAAGACAAAUUCCUCAACAUCAAAAACUGAUUUUCAUGAUGCUUUACUGAAUGAGAUUCGAGCUUGUGGCGGAAGAGGUGCCCUUAGGAAGGUCAAUAUUCAUCGUUAACUGUCAAUUGGUAGAAAUAAUCAAAUGAUAACUCCCAUUUAUAUGUAUUCACAUAAAUGAAAUUGUUUUUUUUGUUCUGUAGCUGUAAAUAGGUUCAGUCAAAGUACUAUUGGGAAAUUAUCAAAAAAUCCUUUUGAAAAUAGUGCAAAUCUAUUAUAUGCAAUGAUUUUUUUGUGCAAUGAAUUAUUAAUUUAGCGUCAUAAUUUGUUUCAUUUUUGUUUGAUGUUGAAUAAAAAAUAUUUAACCAUGA